UAGAAAAAUAGAAGGAUGGCAACGGAGAAAUCUCGUCAAGAGUACAUUGAAUCCAAUUGUAAAACGUCGGCCGUGGACAUGCCUCUGAGUAAUUACUUCACUCGUGGUAUAUUCCGAAAAAUCUGCGUGUUUUCAAUUUGUGCACACUUGAGUUUAGCGGACAAUAAAAACGGCCAUGGCAAAGGCCACGAUAGUGGAUCCAGAAAAGGAGCAAACGAACAGAAUCUCACAGCUGAGGCAGAGAGAGCUCACAAGAUUUUGUCGAAUAUGUUCGACCCGGAACUGCACAAGGACGGGAUUGACUAUCCAUUCAAAAACCACAGUGAGAUCCUGCAUUCACCCCCAGACCCCGACGACGAAGUUGAGCAAACUCGACCUUUGCCGAGGGAUAAAACGCUGAUCUGGGCUUAUUUGAGGAUGCAUCAAGUUGUUCCCGAUGUUGUGCCUCUAGUAGCGAAGGAUGCCAUUGAGGUAACGUAUAAAGACGACGCGAUUGUGGAUUUUGGUGCAGAACUAUCCGAAGAUCAAGUAGAAAAUCAGCCAAUCAACACAACUUGGCCAGUGGAAAAGGGAGCUCACUAUACAUUAAUUCUUUUCACUCCCGACUCACCAUCAAGAUUCGACCAGACUGAGGGUCAAUUCGUUCUCUGGUUCGUGGCUGAUAUCAACGAUUCUUGCAAAGCUAAAUCUGGGAAAACUUACACAAAGUACCUGGGACCAAAAGCGUGGACAAAAAAACCAGAGCUGCUUGGUGAACUGCGGCGUUUCAUCUAUAUUGUAUUUAAACAACCAGAAACUCCUCUCCGUUAUAAGAUGGGAACCACUUACAAAGAGAAUACCGUAGCUUUUGACAGCCGACAAUUAUUCAACUUAACAAAAUUUGUGCAUGAAAACAAAUUAGGACGACCAACCGCAAUUAAUAUGUUCCAGAUGUCUACGGUGAAGCAAAAGCGUAACUGGACGGUAAUCUAAUUUAAGAAAUCAAAUAGGAAAUCCUCUCUGGAGGGUGUGACACCGAAUUCCGUUUCAAUACAUUUAGGAGAUCGAUGGGUCUUUAAUAAAGUAUACGUAGUAUGCAACCACUCAUUGGAAAAGAAAUUUCAUUCGUCCACGAAAGUUCUAAGCUGAGGCAUUGAUACUAAACUUAAAGAAGUGUUCUAUGGAGCUUUCGGAAUAAAAAGUGUCAAAAUAACAAUUAAAA